AGCAAUCUAGGUCAGUUACAAGAGGAAAGUAGUUCCAAACCUCUUACAAAUAACACAAAUCAGAAAAAAAUGAGACCAAUUUCCCUCCUUUUUUUAAUUAUCCCCCUUGUUAUUUCCUCUAGGACUGACCAGGAAUAUCCCUCGCUUGACUCUCCCCCUUCAGAGCCCAAAUCAAGAUUUGCUAUGCUGGAUGACGUCAAGAUCUUGGCCAAUGGCCUCCUUCAGUUAGGACAUGGUCUUAAGGACUUUGUUCACAAGACAAAGAGUCAAAUUAAUGACAUAUUUCAAAAACUUAACAUAUUUGACAAGUCUUUCUAUGAUCUCUCACUACAAACCAAUGAAAUCAAAGAAGAAGAAAGAGAACUCCGCAAAACAACAUCCAAUCUGCAGGCCAAAAAUGAAGAAAUGAAAAAUUUAUCCCUCGAACUGAACUCCAAGCUUGAAGAUCUCUUAGAAGAAAAGAUUCGACUCCAACAGAAAGUGAGGACAUUAGAAGAGAAGCUGGCCACGUUAGUUCACAGCCAGCCCGAAGGCCAGGAACAGCAGGAGGUGACCUUCCUUAAGACUUUUGUAGAGCAGCAAGAUCACAGCAUCAAAGAGCUUUUCCAAACAGUCCAGGAGCAGUACCAGCAGCUUACCAAGCAGCACGGCCAAAUAAAGGAGAUGGAAAACCAGCUAAGAAGGACGGGUCUUCAAGAAGCCACAGACAAUUCCCUGUCUUUAAAGCAAAGAGCGCCGAGGACCAUUCCUUCUCUUCAGCCCAAUGGAACAAAGUUUGCAGAGCACACCGACGGCCCGGCUGACUGUGCUGCCCUUUACGAUGGAGGUCUGCGUUCGAGCGGCAUAUACCCCAUCAAGCCCAGCCAAUCUGAAGUCUUCAAUGUCUACUGUGAAAUGAAAUCAGGCAGCGCGUGGACAGUCAUUCAACACCGAAUGGACGGAUCACAAAAUUUCAACGAAACCUGGGAGAACUAUCAGCGUGGUUUUGGGAAUCUCAAUGGAGAAUUUUGGCUGGGCCUAGAGAAGAUCUACGCCAUCGUUAAGCAAUCCGAUUACAUUUUACGCAUCGAGCUGGAGGACUGGAAAGACAACAAGCGUUCCAUCGAGUACUCGUUUAGCCUGGGCAGUGAAGACACAGACUACGCACUGCACCUGUCUGAGAUCCUGGGCAACAUCCCCAGCGCAAUCCCCGAACACAAAGACCUCACGUUUGCCACUUGGGACCACAAUGCAAAGACCCAUCUGAGCUGCCCGGAAAGCUACUCAGGUGGCUGGUGGUGGGACAACGUAUGUGGAGAAACCAACCUGAACGGCAAAUACAACAAGGCACGGCUGAAGGGCAAACCUGAGCGGAGAAGAGGCCUGUACUGGAAGUCUCCCAAAGGAAGGCUUUAUUCCCUCAAGACAACCAAAAUGUUAAUCCACCCAACAGACUUAGAAAGUUUUGAAUGAACACAGGCAAGUUUCCAGAAAAUAAUAAACUGAACAUUAAACUCAA